AAUCUGUGAAUGGGUUAUUGUGGGGUCGUUAUCUUUUCUGUCCAAUGCCAAGUACAUCUGUUCAGAACAUUUAACAGCUGUUUUAUCGUGUUUAGAUUGGUUUAAUAUUGCAUCGUCCUUGCGUUUGUUUCUGUUCUGUGUCUGUUCAGAAAAGAACAUGUUUGUUGGUUAAAUUUGUUUAGUGACUGGCACAGGGCACUGCGCCUGCAUUGAACUUAACUACUAGAUGAAUUAUGGAUUUGUAUUAUAUUCAGCUGUUUAAGUUUUAGUAUAUUUUAAUUUAAUUUGAUAGAAAUCGAUGAUGUAGUCAUUCAUGUAAAAUCUAUAUCGUACUAAUACUGUUUUGUUACUAAUGAUAAAUUACAACAUAACCUAAAUAUUAAUUUUGUGUAAGAACUAGACCUAGCCUGUCCCUGGGUCAUGGCAGUAGGAAAUUUAGUUAUGGUUCAUCACAGUUAAAACCAUACACUAUUAGCAUUGCCCUACCAUUAACGAUGAACCCUACUAAUUAUCUUACUUUGAAGCCUAGAUGGCAAGAACAUUACAAUAGUUUAUGGGCUUGUGAAAGAAGUGAAAAUAUUGCCUCAAGAGAUGGAGUGCAGACUCUUUAUGAUAGACUUAUUUCUAAUAAGGAACUGAUUCCCGUGCCAACGUCAUGUGCAGCGGCAAUAGACACUUUAGGAUUUCUGACAGCCACACCAGAUGGAGACACGGAGCUAGAACAAUGUGUGACUACUUUGCUUACGGCCCAACUGCGUCUUGCACGAGCCUUGCGUGCCAAAACUACCUACUCCAUUGUCCUCAAGCAGCGGCUCACCAUACUGCAGAGGAUACUGCACGCUUUCCAAGCAAAAUACCAUGUUAAAGAUAAGGUCAAGACACAGAGCUACGCCGGUGUUGAGGGAGAGACUCGUGGGGAGACUUGUGACUCUCAGCUGAUUCCUGAACAUACCCCUACAGGGUCUCAAGCUCUGCUGGAGAUAGCAGUCCGCUCAGGGUUAUCUCUCAUCUUCGCCUUGCUGCGUCAGAGUUGGGGAGAUACCGGAAUCUCAGGAGGCCCCAACAUCUGCUGUGAAAUGCUGACCAGUGCCUUGACCGUUGUGAGAAGUCUGCCUCCUUUGUCCUUGGCCAACGAGAACCACAUUUCUGGACUGGGCGCAGAGACCCUUUCCCAGGUGGCGGAAUUCCUCACUCAAAUGGCUGUGCCGUCAUCAGGCGCAAACAUCAAAGGUCAGCUGUUAGCCAGUGAGCUACUGUUGGGGCUCGCCGUACAGAGGGGUUCUCUGCGCCACCUGCUGGAGUGGGUCCGCAUGGCACUGGAAAGCGGAGGAAACAUCGGUACUCAAGAGUUCCUCACCAUUCUGCGCCAGAUGAGGGCCAUCAUCACCCGCCAGUGGCUCACAAAACUUCCUCUACACCGGAAGCAAGAAAUCAGGCUACUCAUCUGUGAGGAAUUCAAGGAAUUCAGCAUUACAAGGCUUUUGUGGUGCAUCCAAUUCAAUGUCAAUCAUCACCUACCACAACACCUUCAGACUCCCAUUCAUCUGGUAAGACUGGCCUGUGACUACACGCAUUGCGAAGGCGAGGCUUGUACCACAGAGUCGGCACUGCCUCAAGAGAAGUGUGAGGUCUACGUGUGGGGCAGCAACACCUCCCACCAGCUAGCCAAGAAAAACCAGGAAAAGAUAUUGGUUCCCAAACUGGCUCGGGCUUUCCAGAACGUCCAACAGGUAGAGGCAGGCCAGUACUGUACGUUUGUGAUCCACACAAGCGGGGAGGUGAGUGCGUGCGGCAAGGGUAGCUACGGCCGUCUGGGCCUAGGAGACUCAAACAAUCAGCCCAAGCCCAAGCGUCUGGAGGUAUCCGAGAAGAUGAAGCGCCUGUCGUCCUCCAAGGGGAGUGACGGCCACACUCUCGCACUCACAGAGGAAGGCUCCGUGUACAGUUGGGGUGAUGGUGACUACGGGAAGCUGGGCCACGGCAUGAAUACAACUCAGAAGCAGCCGAAGCUUAUCGAUGCCAGCCCAUUCAGCAGCAAGGUGGUGACGCACAUCAGCGCUGGCUAUCGGCACAGUGCUGCAGUCACAGCUGAUGGCGAGCUGUACACUUGGGGCGAGGGUGACCAUGGCAGACUGGGCCAUGGGGAUGGCAACAGUCGCAAUGUACCGACACUGGUGCGAGAUAUUAACGGUGUUGGCUCGGUUAUCGUGUGGUGCAGCACACACACUGGCGCUGUCGGCCGACGGCAAGACUGUUUGGGCUUUUGGCUCAGGGGACCAAGGCAAGCUCGGGCCAUGGUGAUACAGCGCGUGUCCCCCGACCCAAGGUCGUAG